AUGGAACCCAAACCUCAGAAGAGUCCAGGCAAACCGUUUACAUUUUAUUAUGAAAAUGAAGUCUGCAAACAGGAUUACUUUAUUAAAUCACCACCUCCUCAGCUUUUCUUCUCUGCGACCUCUUGGAAAAAGCGGUUUUUUGUUCUGUCAAAGAAUGGAGAAAAGGGCUUCAGUCUUUCCUACUACAAAGACCAUCACCAGCGAGGGUCCAUUGAAAUUGAUCGAAAUUCCAGUGUAGAAGUUGGCAUAAGUAACCAGGAAAAGAUGCAGACUGUGCAGAAGAUGUUUAAAUGCAACGCAGAUGAGGUGAUGUCCCUCAAAACGACUAGCAGGGAAUACUUCCUCAUUGGCCAUGACAGGGAGAAGAUAAAAGACUGGGUCUCCUUCAUGUCAUCAUCUUGCCAGGAUGUAAAAGCAGCACAUCAGAAUACAGAGGAGAAACUCUCCCUGGGUGAUGAAAAGCCCUCUUCCAAUCCCAGCCCUCUCCCUGGUCCUUCCAGCACAUGGGAAGCUGUUGGCUCUAGCUCUCCGAGGGACAGUCUCCCAGACUUGAAUUCACUGGAAAUAGAUUCUCCAGGAUUCAGGCAAGCUCAUCUACCAGAUGACGUCCUUUCAGAGACCACUGAAGAUACAGAGGAAGAGAGUCACUACCUUAGUCCUCGUAGUGUUCUUUUAGAGCUGGAUAAUGUUAUUGCUGCCAACAUUUCUGAUGAAUCCAUUGAAUGGGAUAGUCCAGGCCAGGUCUCCAGGAGAAAGGAGUGUCAUUAUAUGUCAAUGAAAUCCUGUUUUUUCCAAGAGACAUCCCAUAAGUCUGAGGAUGGCGGCAAAGAGGAGCCCCAGACCUUACCUGAGACCCGGGAUGGGAGGCCUCACGUGCAAGAGCAAGACUCAGACAGUGAUUCAUGUCUUUCACCUGCCAGUGCAGAAGCACAGGCCACAAGUGACCAGAAGGGGUCGGCAUCCCUCACUGUUGUGCAGUUGUCCAUAUUAAUCAACAACGUCCCUGAUGAAGGCCAACUGGAGAAGCUGAAUGUGUUCCUUUCUCCUCCUGAUGUCAUAAACUAUCUCACGCUCAUAGAAGCUGCAGGACGCAUAUGUGUGGCUCAGUGGGAAGGUCCCCCACGCCUGGGAUGCUUAUUUUGCCAUGGAGAUCAUCUUUUGGCAGUGAAUGACCUGAAGCCCCAGAGCCUGGAGGAGGUUUCCUUGUUUCUCACCCGAUCCAUCCAGAAGGAGAAAGUAAAACUCACCAUCAUCAGGAUCCCAAAUUCGGAGAAAUUCCAUACUGCAGAUUGUAGGUGCCCCUUAAAUUAUCAAGGUGUUGCUCCUUCUCGACUGGGUAAGUCUGGACUGGAGAGGGAGCUGAAGAGGAGUCCGGCCAUUAAAAAGGUGCCCCAGAAAGGGACCUCAGAGAAAUGUGCCUGGGACCCACUGCAGCCCAGGCAGGAUGGAGCCAGGGCUCUGCCUACCCCGUGA